GUCCGCUGGCGUUAGUAGUCGAGUUUGGUGCGUCCUCUGCAUUAAGCGCGCGCGUUAUCGUCUCAAAAUAAUAUUUGAGUGCAUAAAUUCAUCAAUCAAUAAUCAUCAUUAGUUGAAAAUCAAUUUCUACUACUUGAUUUGGCACAAAACAUUAAAGAACGAAGCGUAAUAAGUCAAAACAAUUCAACGUCGACAUGGCGUAGAACGGAAAGACUUUGCGAACAAAUAAAAUGUCUGAGGAUCGCUUAGUGUGAACAGAUCCCCUCUCUCUGUCUCUCUUUCAAGUGUGCAGUGAAUGACGCUUGAGUUCAGUGCGCAGGAGAAUUUGCGCAGCAUUUGAACGCGACUGCUUGGUGUGUUCGAUCGGCCAUAUUGGGUCUCUUUCGUCUCUUACACAACGCCCUCACACGUAUGAACGAGAUCUUGGAAUUGAAUUAAUGAUCCUACAAUGACCACUAACGUGGCUACGAUAAAACUAGAAGAGGGUCAGGAGUCUGUUACGGAAAUCCAGACCUACCUUGAAACUUUUAAUAAAGAAAUUGAAGGUGGUCAGGGAGAACAACUGCAACAUGUGCAACUUCAACAAGUUGAAGGACUAUCCGGUGGAGAAGAGGGAGGAACAUAUUUUGUUGAUCAGAGUGGUCAAUAUUAUUAUCAAGCAAACAGUGAUGAAGCUCCGGUGAUGACUCAAGUUCAAAUUCAAGAAGUAGAAGAAGUUGAACAAAGUGAAGAAGGCGUUCAGGAAGAACAAUAUCAUGAAGUUGAAGAGUUAGAAAAUGUUGAGACUGAAGAUGGUGAUGGACAGUCUAAUAAUGCUGGAGAAAAUGUUGUUCUUAAUUCAGGUGAUGCAUAUCAGACAGUAACAAUUGUUCCUUCAGAUACAAAUCCGGGUGAAGUAAGCUAUGUUUUGAUCGUUCAACAACCAGAAGAUGAAGAAAAAGAACGUGUGGAUGGUGCUGAAGGCGAAGAAGGCGAACAAGAUCUAACAGUAUACGAUUUUGAAGACAAUGAAGAUAACGAUGCGGGAACAGAAUAUGAAGCUGAUGAUGAUAAAGCAAAAAUAAUCAAGUACCUGCCGAAAAAAUCGCAGACAGUAACUCAAGCUCACAUGUGUAACUAUUGUAAUUACACGAGUCCUAAACGUUAUUUAUUAUCACGGCACAUGAAAUCUCAUUCUGAAGAACGACCUCAUAAAUGUAGUGUCUGUGAAAGAGGUUUCAAAACUCUUGCAUCGUUACAAAAUCAUGUCAAUACCCAUACAGGAACCAAACCACAUCACUGCAAAUUCUGCGACAGUGCAUUUACUACGUCAGGCGAGCUUGUCAGGCACGUACGGUACCGCCAUACUCAUGAGAAACCACAUAAAUGUCACGAAUGUGAUUAUGCUUCUGUUGAGUUAUCAAAACUUAAGCGUCACAUAAGGUGUCACACUGGUGAACGUCCUUAUCAGUGCCCGCACUGUACAUAUGCAAGUCCUGAUACAUUCAAGCUCAAACGUCAUUUGCGUAUUCAUACAGGUGAAAAACCGUAUGAGUGUGAUAUCUGUCAAGCUCGAUUUACACAAUCUAAUAGCUUGAAGGCUCACAAACUUGUUCAUAAUGUGGGAGACAAACCGGUAUUCCAAUGCGAACUCUGUCCAACGACUUGUGGUCGUAAAACAGACUUAAGGAUCCAUGUGCAGAAAUUACACACAUCUGAUAAACCACUCAAGUGUAAACGUUGUGGAAAAACAUUCCCAGAUAGAUACAGUUAUAAGCUUCAUAGUAAAACACAUGAAGGAGAAAAAUGUUAUAAAUGUGAUCUAUGUCCCUACGCAUCGAUAUCAGCACGUCACCUUGAAAGCCAUAUGCUUAUACAUACAGAUCAAAAGCCAUAUCAAUGUGAUCACUGUUAUCAGUCGUUCCGACAGAAGCAGUUGUUGAAGAGGCAUUGUAAUCUUUAUCAUAAUCCUUCUUAUGUACCGCCACAACCGCAGGAAAAGACACAUCAAUGCCCAGAAUGUGAAAGGGCCUUUAGGCACAAAGGAAAUCUUAUCAGACACAUGGCAGUGCAUGAUCCUGAAUCUUCUCUCCAAGAAAAACAACAAGCUUUAAAAAUUGGGCGACAAAAGAAGAUUCAAAUAAUUGAUGGUCAAAGAGUGGAAGUAAUGACAGGUGACUUAGCUUCUAAACUUAAAGGUUACGAAGAAGAAGAAGAAGAGGAAGAAGAGGAAGAAGAUGUGAUGGCUGUUGAAGGAAGUGAUGGUCAACAAUAUGUGGUAUUAGAAGUCAUUCAAUUGGCUGAUAAUCAAGGAAGUGAUCAGAUGGCCGUAGUUGCCAAUGAAGACGGUGAUAUAAUGAUGCAAGAUCCUCUCAGCUCAGACGGAGGAAUAGUUACCACAUCUAAUGAAGCCAAUGAGGCUGAAGAAGAAGUGGAUAUUUCACAACUUAAAGAAUCAAUGUCGAAUAAGAAGACUACGGUUCAAAAAGAACAAACAGAUAAUAAACUCCGGAAAGAAAUGGAAAACUGCUUUGGUUUUGAUGAGGAGGAAGAGGAAGAAGGGGAAAGCGAAAUGCAUCUACUAGAUACAAUUUCGUAAUGACGAUGAGCCUAUUAAUGGCAUCAAUGUACCUACUUAGUAGUUAAAUGUUUUUUGUUCAUUUUUUCGCAGUAAGUUGGGACUCAUUGUAAGUCAUUGGAAAGCACACAUACGCACGGAGUACAUUGCAGAAAUUGUAUUAUGCAGUGUAAUAUAGGUACAUAUUAUUAUAAUUCUUAUCAAUAUUAUUAUUAUUAUUUAUAUGCGUUAAUAAUUAGUCGUAACACUUAACUAAAUAAUGGACAGAAAAGAUAUUGUACAACAAUACGAUUUUUCUUUAGUUGUAAUGAAUUGUCAUAUAAAAUCAUAUUUGUUUGAAAAAUAAACUGGGAUCAAGUUUUAUUAAUGGAAAUUUUAUUACUUGAUGAAAAUGAAGAUAGCAUGACAGUCGAAUAUGUAAUCUAAAAGAAUUAAUUUUUGGUCUGCGGUAAAACGAGCGUUGUGAGGCUGCCAUGUACAUAAAUGUUCCUUAAAUAUUCUGUAUUUGAUAAAUUAAUUGUUAAAUAACUAAGUAUUUAGUUUAAAUUAAAACUAUUCAUUAUUGUAAGAUUAAAUCACGGAUUCAUAGUCCUAGAAAAGGACUUGGAUAUUCUUUUGAAUAAAUCAAUAUUUGAUGUAAGAAAGGUAUUAUAAAUAAUUUGAGACUAAAUAGUCAAAAACAAUGCAUCGUCAGCAACCAGUGUUUUUUCACAGAAAGUAAAAAUUAUUUUACUUUAAUGAUUAAAAAAUAAUUUUACCUUGGCACUUUUAACUUUUUCUCACAAUAAACCAUAUACUCUAAAAAAAAAAUGUGACGAGAUAUGAUCUAAGAAAUGGUUUAAUUAUAUAUUAAUAUAAUAACAUAAUGCAAUCGACUUCUUUUAAUUGAUUUAUAAAUAUAAAUAAUUUUUUAGCUUCAUUUUAAAAAAUAAAUAAUACAGAUAUUAACUUACUUCUUGAGUAGUUGAUGUCAAAUAAUGACUUUUUCACUCUUGUCUGGCGCAAUUAUAUAUUUUUCAAGUAAUGGAAAAUAUAAAUAUAUAAAUAUUACAUAUAAAUAUAAUAAUACUAGAUGUAUCUGUACUAGGUAAUAAGUAUAAAGUUGCAUCGUAUUUAUUAAGGCAAUGUGUCCUUUCGAUAAAAUUCUCCCUAUUGUCUUUAUAAUGUCAACCAAAAGAAAAAAAAAAUUAUUGAAUAUAAUUUUUUUCAAAUUAAUCUGUGAAAUUUGUCAUGAUAAAUUACUAAAUGAAAUAAAUCUUGAAACAAAACAAUUAAUAAAUGAAAAAUAAUGAAUUAAUUAUAAAGAAAAUUUUUUAUAUAAUUAUAUUGUACAAUUGUAAUUUAGUCU